CGAGCCCAACACACGUGCCAGCAUUGUCGGCCAGGAGAGCACACGGCCUCGGGAGAUGCGGGCGCGAGUGCCAGGGCUCGGCACACGCGCGUCCUUAGUUCCUGCGGGAAGCUCCGGCUCAAGCCAGCGUCCGACUUGGCCGUUCUGACUUGGGCAGGGCCAUGGUUCCUGCACGGCUGCUCUCGGCGAGCCCCCGGCCCCUGGGGCACUGCGCUCUGCUUGCCCGGGUGCUCGGGCCCCCCACCGCCCCCCUCCGACUCUCUGCCGGCCGGCCCUGCUGUGACCAGCGCCAGGAUGCCCCCAGGAAGAGGCUCUCUGAGAAGAAGCAGAAGAAGCAUUUCGUGGACUGUCGCCGAGUGCUCGUCCGAGGGGGACAUGGAGGCGAUGGGGUGAGCUGCUUCCACAGUGAGCCCCGGAAAGAGUUUGGCGGCCCGGACGGCGGUGACGGAGGCAACGGCGGCCACGUCAUCCUGCGAGCGGACCAGCAGGUCAAGUCGCUGGCGUCCGUGCUGUCCCGGUAUCAGGGCGUCGACGGGGAGCGUGGCGGCAGGAAGAACUGCUUCGGGCGCGGCGGGUCUGUGCUCUACGUCAAGGUCCCUGUGGGCACCUUAGUGAAGGAGCGUGAGGAAGUGGUGGCCGACCUGGCGGCUGCGGGGGACGAGUUCGUCGCUGCUCUGGGCGGUGCCGGAGGCAAGGGCAACCGCUUCUUUCUGGCCAACGACAACCGCGCGCCCGUCACCUGCACCCCCGGGCAGCCCGGCCAGGAGCGGGUCCUCUUCCUGGAGCUGAAGAUGGUGGCGCACGCCGGGCUGGUGGGCUUUCCCAACGCCGGCAAGUCCUCGCUCCUCAGGGCCAUCUCCAAUGCCAGGCCAGCGGUGGCCGCCUACCCGUUCACCACGCUCAAGCCCCACGUGGGGAUCGUCCACUUCGAGGACCACCAGCAGGUCGCAGUGGCUGACAUCCCCGGGCUCGUGCGCGGGGCCCACCAGAACCGCGGGCUGGGCUGCGCCUUCCUGCGCCACAUCGAGCGCUGCGUCCUGCUGCUCUUCGUGCUGGACCUCUCGGUGCCGGAGCCCUGGACGCAGCUGACCGACCUCCAGGCCGAGCUGGAGCAGUACGCCCGCGGCCUGUCGCAGAGACCCCACGCCGUCAUCGCCAACAAGAUCGACCUGCCGCAGGCCCGGGCGCGCCUGCCGGCGCUGCAGGCCCGCCUGGGGCACGCGGCCAUCGGCCUGUCGGCGAGCACCGGCGAGAACCUGGAGGAGCUGCUCCAGCGGCUGCAGCAGCUCUACGGCCAGCACGUGGCCGCCGCGCCGGGGCUGCGCUGGUAGCGGCCCACGCUCACCUGUGCCCGCCCGGAGCCAGACGCGUCACAGCCCAGUGCACCCAAUAUCCGAGGCGGGCGCGACCUGCUCCGGGCGUCCGGCCCGGCCCGUUAUUAACUGGCAGCGCUGUGAGGAGACGGGGCCGUGCCCGCGCCGCCCUGGGUCUGGCCUGGACAGCAGCCAUCUCCGGACGGACACCCACGGGAGGCCUGGCCAGGACCUGCCGCCUGCCCGCCCGGAACACUCGGGAACGUCCCUUCUCCCCCAGAGGAGUCCCAACUUCUGCGUGACCUGCAGCCCG